AUGGCGUCAUUCAGAAACACAAAAUCGAACAAGAAUGGCCUGUCUCACAUAGUCCUACCGCAGUAUAUGCUUGACUCUCCAUUGGUCUUGAUGCCGGGAAUUAUUUACAAUGUCUCAUUUACCCGUUUCAAGGCUGCAGCACUUCUCGGAAGGUUCAGGCAUAAUCUUGAAUCCAUGACUCUAGUCAAGAGUCUUUUGAGCGAGUACGACUUGGACGAGGCAAACUUGUCACGGCUUUCUGAAGAUGCGAAGGCUGGUGUACAGCUAUUUUGCGAACGUGAGGGUAAGAGCGCUAUUGCUGAGGGGUUGGACAAUGUGGUUCUAGCAAUUGAACCCAAUGAAUCCUUGAUCAAAUUUCCAGAGGGUUCAACUAAAUCUCCGGAAUGCUCGCAAAUUGUAACAGUCUGUCGGGUGGUGGGCAUCACUGACGAUCUGAAGAAUGUGAAGUUGACUAUCCAGGCUUUGUGUCGUGCAGUCAAGGUCCCCGAGGAGGCGAAGUAUGCAUCCGAAACGAUUGUUUCCGUAUUGUGGAACGAAAAGCCAAGCUUGAACAAUAAUCAGUGGGGGUCUUUCAAGCUGCUCGCAGGCGAGCUAUUCAAGCUGAUUGAGCUGUUUCUAGCAGAUUAUAAAGAAGCUUUAGCUGCUCAAUCGAAAAAGCUGGACUUGUUGACACUCAAUCCUUUGGCAAAUUCACUCUAUUUGCAAUUGGCAGGCUCCAAGGAGUUUUCAAGAGCCUACCUGACUUUGCAGAAGGUUUUGUUAACUUCAAAGUCUAGUUCCUCGUCAAAGAGUCUUCUGAAAAUCAUGGAUUUGACUGCUGCAAUUGUUCCAUUCCCAAAUUAUGAGAAGCUUCGGGUUCUUUCAAUUGUCAACGAUACUCAAAGAGUUCAGUUUCUUGGUGAGCUCGUGAAGAAAAUGACUGCAGUUUUCGAGGCCAUUAAGGAGAACAAUCGCUUCAUCAAUCAUUGGUUUUAUGAUGAGGCAUCGAAUCUUCAGAAGGCAAGCAUGGUUGCUAAUCAAUUGAGAUCGAUCCGUUUAGUUUUGGACGGUUUAUCCGUCGACUCUAAAGAUGGCAAAAAUAGGAAAUCUCUAGUACGUCGGGGUGAGUUUAACGCCUCAUCUAAGAAGCAGCCCGCAGGAAGUUCGGAUAGGCAAGGAGGAGGAGCAGGAGGUGACGACGAAGACGAAGACGAUUUGAAUGCAAUCUCCGAGUUCAUCAAUAAGAGGCUUCCAGAGAUUUCUGGGAUCUCUGAGGACAGCAAGAGACUCCUCAUCAAAGAUUUCAAGAGAGUCAAGUCUUCGAAUCCGGGAAAUGCUGAUUUUCAUGUUCUUCGCAAUUACUUGGAAAUAGUUGCUGAUAUGCCUUGGGACAAAUUUGUUUCGAGAUUUAAAUCAAACAAGGAUAUCGACAUAACAGAGGCAAGAGCACAAUUGGACAAGGAUCAUUUCGGAUUGGACAAUGUCAAAACAAGAUUAAUUCAAUACCUAGUCGUGUUGAAGCUUUUGGGUGCUAACGCAGAUCGAGAAAUACAAAACUCGCAUGCGGAGGAGAUGAGACAAAAGAAAAAGCAUGCACAAGAAUUGGAAAGCAGAAAGUUUACCCGCGAAUCUGCUAAUGGCGAGUCUAUUAUCAUACCCUAUAGCGAAGAACAGAAAGACGCUACCCCAGAUGAUCAGCCAAACGAGUCUACAAAGGAUGAGCAAGAAGCAAUGCAAUCAAAAAGCGAUCUCAAGGUGUCACAAGAUAACAAAUCUCCAAUAAUCAUGUUAGCCGGUCCCCCAGGUGUGGGAAAGACCAGUUUGGCGAAAUCAAUAGCCACCACUUUAGGAAGAGCAUUCCAGAGAGUAUCACUAGGUGGUGUUAAGGAUGAGUCGGAGAUCCGUGGCCACAGAAGAACCUAUGUCGGUGCAAUGCCUGGAACCAUCGUUCAAGCUCUUCGCAAAGCCAGAUCAAUGAACCCAGUUAUUCUUUUGGACGAGAUCGAUAAGAUUAUUGGAGGCAAUAGCGGAGCCAGCAAGUUUAAUGGUGAUCCUGCUGCUGCUUUAUUGGAAGUCUUGGACCCUGAACAGAACACACAAUUUGUUGAUCAUUACCUCGGUUUCCCGAUCGAUUUGUCACAAGUUAUAUUUAUUUGCACCGCCAACGAACCGUACAACCUUUCGAGACCACUUCUCGACAGACUUGAAAUGAUAGAGCUAGGCGCUUACGAUUACAACGAGAAACUCACCAUUGGUAACACGUACUUACUUCCUAGGCAGGUGACUAGAAAUGGUCUUCCUCAGAAGGAUUUGGUUUAUCUUGAUGAGGAAGUCAUGAAAAGAGUUAUUCUUGACUACACUAGAGAAGCAGGUGUGCGGAAUUUUGAACGUAAAUUGGGAACCAUUUGUCGGUUCAAGGCGGUCGAAUACUCUGAAAGCCUUGCAGAUCCACAUAAGGUCUACAGACCAAAGGUCGAAGAGUAUGAUUUGGCAAAAUACCUCGGAAUUCCCCACCCAAGUUUGGCGAGUGAAAUAAUUGAUUCUCCUACAAUGGCUAGCGGUUAUGGUGUUGUGAAUGGUCUUUCAUACAAUACAGAUGGCUCAGGUUCAGUUCUUAUUUUCGAGAGCAUUGGCUUCGAUAACGGCAAAGGAACUUCUUCAUUGAACAUGACUGGACGCUUAGGAGAGGUUUUAAUGGAAAGUGCCAAGAUUGGCUUGACUUUCAUCAAGGGUAUUUUGCGUAUGAAAUCACUCAACAUCAAAGAUAAGGAUGCAGCAGUCAAAAGGCUUGAAAAUUUGGAAAUCCAUAUGCAUGUCCCAGCAGGCGCAAUCCAAAAGGAUGGCCCCUCAGCAGGAAUAACUAUGGCACUCCUGUUCCUUUCUUUGGUUCUACAAAAGCCGGUCCCAUCCAACAUCGCCAUGACCGGAGAGCUUACUUUACGGGGCCUAGUUCUUCCAAUAGGCGGACUCAAAGAGAAGAUCAUGGGUGCUCAUUUGACAAACCACAUAACCAAAGUGAUUGUUCCCCGUCACAACAGAAGAGACGUCAUUGACGAGUACGUGCAUAAGGUCAAUGAUCUAGGUCUAUUGAAUGGUCUUCUCGACGAUGAUGCCAAGAUCGAUUUCGAGAACAAUGCACCAGAAGAGUAUUUCUACGAGAAAUACGGGGUCCGUAUUGUCUACGCCAGAGAGUUUUGGGAUGUCAUUUAUCACGUCUGGGGCAAAGAUAUCUUAUAUCAAACAAAGCAAGCCCGUGUACAUCUAUAG